CUGAGAGUUUACUUUUUAGAUGAUGUCCUUUAAUCCACUUUAAGCAUUAUUUUAGCAUAAUUCCUGUUGCAGCGGUGUAUGAAUGAUGACUAACAUGAGAGGUCCAGAACAUCUAGCAGAGAUUUGUCUUCCCUCCUCCACGGGUGAGAUCUCAACAAGCAAAGACGAACCUGCAAAUCAAAGGGGGCAACUACCCGUAACUGGCUCGUCAAUAUUGGCUAGGCGACUGUACCGCCUCCAGUCAUGCCGCAAUCCGCUCAUUCCUAGCAGACGUCGAAAGCGCGAGAUGACUCCUGCUGAGAGGAAAGACGCCUCCUAUUGGGACAAGCGCCGGAAAAACAAUGAGGCUGCCAAGCGUUCCCGAGAGAAGCGUCGAUUGAAUGAAUUCAUGCUAGAAGGUCAGCUCCUGGCACUAAGCGAGGAGAAUGCUCAGCUCAGAGCGGAAGUGUUGAGUCUGCAGAAUCAAAUUGGACGAGGUCUGGAUCCCAGUCAUCUAGUGAUGCCCUUCCACUAUUCCAUUCCAUCCCACCUAAAGCCUUCCCUGUUUGGUUUGGCAGCUAGCAAUGCUUCCCUUCCAGCAGAUGAGCCAGAGCUGUACCACUUUUGGCCACAGAACGGGUCUAGCUCUGGUCUACCCGGUAGCUCCUCUCCAUUCAUGUGCCCCUUGAGAAUGCCACCAAAAUGUGUCAACGUACCUUCACAGAUGAAUCACCCAGAUGACAAGCUGUUAGACCAGUCCAUUCCCAAUACUGACUCAGUGGAGCAGGAUCAGGCAGUUCACACACAAGUCUCCUCCAGCAAUGACCCACAGAGCCACUCACAACUGUUCCCAGCCCAGAGAGCAGCUGCGACUUCACAUUCUCCCUCGUUGCCCCCUUCUCAUCUGGCCCAAAGCUGGCUACUGCCCGGGCUGAGCUACUCCACCACCCAGCACAACAACCUAUUACCCUGGGGCUCAUCAUCCCUUCACCCAUCUCCCCUUCGUCCCAGCUGGCCCUUGUCCUUCCCUUUGUCCUCAAGAGAUCCAGAUGGAUCUCAAAAUGGAGCAAGAUCCCUCUGGAACUUCAACAGCAGGUUCAGCAUGCUGUCUGCAGAAAUCGCACAGCUCAGAAGAAUAUUAAGCACAGAGAACUCUUAAUGUGAACAGCUUUUCAUUGUGCUAAUAGACUGCUUCAAUUAGACGUAGUGAGGAGCUAUUUUGGGUGCUUAAUGUUUGAGUAGAAAAAAAUACAUAAGCAAUAGCUAUGCCCGAAGUGCUGGUAAACCUUAAUUCAAGGAAUAUGACUAAACUGGGAAAUAUUUUUUAAAUGUGUAGUAAGAUAGUUGGCUCUGAUCUAAAUACUAAUAUAGCGUAAGUCUAUGUGACUAGAGGGACAAGAAAGGCCCGGAUAAUCCUUUCUGACCUAGUCAUCCUUUGUCCACUGAGUCCAUUUGGUCGAAGAUACAAUCUUCCUCGGGGUAAAACCAACAAAUAUAAGUACUCUUUUAUUCUGACAGUUAUCACUUUUAUAAAUGGCUCAUUUUAAUACUCCUUUGUAUUGUUAAUUGUCUUUUGAGUUGUUGCCAUCGAGGACGAUAAAGAUUUAAAGUACCUAAAUUAAGAAAUAACUUGGAUCAUUUUAAAAUGUCUAUGCUUUAAUUGCAUAAAAUUGCAUUAAAAAUUGCGCCGUUAAUAAAAGCAAUAAAUGAUUUUGCAUUCACUCUAUGUAAAUCUGAUUCCAUUUUGGGAAAGAAAAAGAUAUUCUGACUGACACGUGAUUAAGUGAUCAUUGAUUGACGCAAUUGGUAUUCCCCUCCGUCGUGAAAUACCGGUUGCAAGAACAAUUACAUUAAAAACAUAGUCACAUUUUCACUGAACCCAUUACGUGUUUGUAAUGUACCACAUAAAGAAAGAAAAAAGAAAAAAGAAACAAUAAGGGAAGAAUGAUGUGGGUGCUGAAACACACAAGCAUUGAAGUAAACUGCGACUGAACUGAAGUAAACUUGAUUUAUUGAUAUCCUGUGUUUAUUAAUUGACCCUAUGUAUGCAUAUAUAUGUACACACUACCGGUGAAAAGUUUUAAAACACUUGCUCAUUCUUUAUUGUCAUUUUUAUUUUUUUUCUCCACAUUUUAGAAUUAUAGUGAAGUCAUCAAAACUAUGGAAUAACAUAUUUUUGUCUACAAAACUAAUUUCAAACAUUUAAGCAUACGUCUUCAGAUCAAAAGAUUUGUAAUAUCAUGAGAAAUAUUUCAGUGACGUGUUUCAAAACUUUUGACCGGUAGUGUAAAUGUGCUAUCGUGCUUUGGACCAUGUAGGCUGUUGAAAG